GCGGAGCCGAGCGGGCUUGGGUGCUCCGGGCGGCAAUGCGCGGCCGGCGGCGGCUGUGAGCUCAGCGGAGCGGCCCUGCAGGGGCCGCCGAAUGGCCGCGGGUUGAGGCGGCGGCGGCAGCAGCGGCUCUUCGGGGCGAGGCGAGGCGAGGCGUGGCGUGGCGGCGGCCGGAGUGAUGCUGCUCAAGCUCCUACAGAGACAGACCUAUACCUGCCUGUCCCACAGGUAUGGGCUCUACGUCUGCUUCGUGGGCAUCGUUGUCACCAUCGUCUCCGCCUUCCAGUUCGGAGAGGUGGUUCUGGAAUGGAGCCGGGAUCAAUACCACGUUUUGUUUGAUUCCUAUAGAGACAAUAUUGCUGGAAAGUCCUUUCAGAAUCGGCUCUGUCUGCCCAUGCCGAUCGACGUGGUCUACACCUGGGUCAAUGGUACAGAUCUUGAACUGCUCAAAGAACUCAAGCAAGUCAGAGAACAGAUGGAAGAGGAACAGAAAGCAAUGAGAGAAAGCCUUGGAAAGAACACAACAGAACCAACUAAGAAAAGUGAGAAGCACCUGGAAUGUUUGCUGACCCACUGCAUUAAGGUGCCCAUGCUUGUCCUGGACCCAGCCCUGCCGACCAACGUCACCCUGAAGGAUCUGCCGUCUCUCUACCCUUCCUUCCAUUCUGCCAGUGACAUGUUCAAUGUGGCAAAGCCAAAAAACCCUUCUACUAAUGUCUCAGUGGUGGUUUUCGACAGCCCGGGGGAUGUUGAAGAAGCCCAUGCUGGAAUAUCUAAAGGAAACAGCAGACAGACAGUUUGGAGGGGCUACUUGACAGCAGAUAAAGAAGUCCCCGGGUUAGUGCUAAUGCAAGACUUGGCUUUCCUGAGUGGGUUUCCACUGACAUUCAAGGAAACAAAUCAACUGAAAACAAAAUUGCCAGAGAAUCUUUCUUCUAAAAUAAAACUGUUGCAGUUAUAUUCAGAGGCCAGCGUGGCACUUCUAAAAUUGAAUAACCCCAAAGAUUUCCAAGAACUGAAUAAGCAAACUAAGAAGAACAUGACCAUCGAUGGAAAAGAGCUGACCAUAAGUCCUGCAUACUUACUGUGGGACCUGAGUGCCAUCAGCCAGUCUAAGCAGGAUGAAGACGUGUCUGCCAGCCGUUUUGAAGAUAAUGAAGAGCUGAGAUACUCAUUGCGAUCUAUUGAGAGACACGCCCCGUGGGUUCGGAAUAUUUUCAUUGUCACCAAUGGACAGAUCCCAUCAUGGCUGAACCUUGAUAACCCUCGCGUAACAAUAGUGACACACCAGGAUGUUUUUCAAAAUUUGAGCCACUUGCCUACCUUUAGUUCACCUGCUAUUGAAAGUCACAUUCAUCGCAUUGAAGGGCUCUCGCAAAAGUUCAUUUACCUAAAUGAUGAUGUCAUGUUUGGAAAGGAUGUCUGGCCAGAUGAUUUUUACAGCCACUCCAAAGGUCAGAAGGUUUAUUUGACGUGGCCAGUGCCAAACUGCGCUGAGGGUUGCCCAGGUUCCUGGAUCAAAGACGGCUAUUGUGACAAGGCUUGCAACAAUUCGGCCUGUGAUUGGGAUGGUGGGGAUUGCUCUGGUCACAGCGGAAGCAGCCGCUAUGCUGCAGGCGGCGGGGGCACUGGCAGUGUUGGCGUCGGGCAGCCCUGGCAGUUUGGUGGAGGGAUAAGCAGUAUCUCUUACUGCAAUCAAGGAUGUGCAAAUUCCUGGCUCGCUGAUAAGUUCUGUGACCAAGCCUGCAAUGUCUUGUCCUGUGGGUUUGAUGCUGGGGACUGUGGGCAAGAUCAUUUUCAUGAAUUGUAUAAGGUCACACUUCUCUCAAACCAGACUCACUAUGUUCUUCCAAAAGGUGAAUGCCUGCCUUAUUUCAGCUUCGCAGAAAUAGCCAGAAGAGGACUUGAAGGCUCUUACAGUGACAGUCCGAUCAUCCGGCAUGCUUCUAUUGCCAACAAGUGGAAAACCAUCCAUCUGAUCAUGAACAGUGGAAUGAAUGCAACCACAAUACAUUUCAACCUCACUUUUCAAAGUAAAAAUGAUGAAGAAUUCAAAAUCCAGAUCUCAGUAGAGGUUGACACAAGGGAGGAACCCAAACCAAAUUCUACCACCCAGAAAUCUUAUGAAAAUUUGGUUAGCCCCGUAACACUUCUUCCAAAGUUGGAAAUCCUUUUAGAAGAUGUUCCUGUGGAAAAACGCUUCCCGAAAUUCAAGAGACGUGACGAGAACACGACAAGGACACUCCACCAGGAGCUGAAAGUUCCCAUGGUCAAUAUUUCACUCCUUCCCAGAGAGGCCCAGCUAAGCCUCAGUGACUUGGAUUUGCAACUAGAACACGGAGAUAUCACUUUGAAAGGGUACAAUCUGUCCAAGUCAGCCUUGCUGCAGUCACUUCUGAAGAGCUCACCAGAUGCUGAAGGGAAAAUAAGUGAAGCUAGAGUAACAGCUGAAAGAAAUGAGAGUUUGGAUGCCCCACUGAGAAAACUGGUUUCCCCAAACAGGUUGGCUGACAGCUUAAGUACACCUGUCAGAUUGCAGAGGUCCACUCCUCCUCCUGUGGUGGCAAUAAAAAUGAACGACCACCCUCGGGAUCAGGGUGCACCCCAGAAUGAGAAUCCCCAAGCAGAAUUUAGAUCCAAAACACCAACUCCAAAAGUAGGUGAUGGGGGUAUGUCAGACGAAAAAUUUGCCCCUCCGAUUGUAAUAAAAGAAAAACUCACUGGGAAAGAAGACGAGAAAAACAAAAUGGAGGACAAUGCCAAGCAGAACAUAGAUGUGAAUGAAGUAUUGCCUGGAAGAAAACUACAGCAGUAUGGAGACAGCUACCCGGGCUUUUUACCAUGGGAGAAAAGGAAAUACUUCCAAGAUCUCCUUGAAGAAGAAGAGUCCCUGAAGACACAGUUGGCCUAUUUCACCAACAGCAGACAUACUGGGAGGCAGCUAAAGGAUACAUUUGCAGAUUCUCUCCGCUAUGUCAAUAAAAUUCUAAACAGCAAAUUUGGAUUCACAUCUCGGAAAGUCCCUGCACACAUGCCUCACAUGAUUGACCGGAUCGUUAUGCAAGAACUGCAGGAUAUGUUUCCUGAAGAAUUUGACAAGACAUCCUUUCACAAAGUCCGCCAUUCUGAGGAUAUGCAGUUUGCCUUCUCUUACUUUUAUUAUCUCAUGAGUGCAGUCCAGCCACUGAACAUAUCUCAGGUGUUUGACGAAGUGGAUACCGACCAGUCUGGUGUCUUGUCUGACAGAGAAAUCCGAACGCUGGCCACCAGAAUUCACGACCUGCCUCUAAGUUUGCAGGAUUUGACCAGUCUGGAGCACAUGUUAAUAAAUUGCUCUAAAAUGCUUCCUGCCAAUAUUACUCAGCUAAACAACAUUCCACCAACUCAGGAAGCAUACUAUGAUCCGAAUCUGCCACCAGUCACUAAGAGUCUAGUUACUAACUGUAAACCAGUAACUGAUAAAAUCCACAAAGCAUAUAAGGACAAAAACAAAUAUAGGUUUGAAAUCAUGGGAGAAGAGGAAAUUGCUUUUAAAAUGAUCCGAACCAAUGUUUCUCAUGUGGUUGGACAGUUGGAUGACAUAAGGAAAAAUCCCAGGAAGUUUGUUUGCCUGAACGACAACAUUGAUCACAACCAUAAAGAUGCCCAGACAGUGAAGGCUGUGCUCAGGGACUUCUAUGAAUCCAUGUUCCCCAUCCCGUCCCAGUUUGAGCUGCCAAGGGAGUAUCGUAACCGCUUCCUUCAUAUGCACGAGCUACAAGAAUGGAGGGCCUAUCGAGAUAAAUUGAAGUUCUGGACCCACUGUGUGCUAGCAACUUUGAUUAUAUUUACUGUGUUAUCUUUUUUUGCUGAACAGUUAAUUGCACUUAAGCGGAAGAUAUUUCCCAGAAGGAGAAUUCUCAAAGAAGCUAGUCCCGAUCGAAUCAGGGUAUAA